AUGGGCUCUCUGCUCAGAGGUGAGGAGAUGUGUCUGGCCCAACUGUUUCUGCAGUCAGGGUCAGCAUACGACUGCAUCAACGAACUUGGAGAACUGGGGCUUGUGGAGUUCAGAGAUCUCAAUCCCAGUGUUAACGUAUUCCAACGAAAACAUGUCAAUGAGAUCAAAAAGUGUGAAGAGAUGGAAAGGAUCCUUGGAUACCUUCUGAGAGAGGUCAAGAAAGCAGAUAUUUCACAGCCAGAAGGAGACGUUAACCCAGUGGCCCCUCUACCCAAGCACGUCAUGGCUAUAAUGGAACAGCUGCAGAGACUAGAAGUGGAGUUAGGUGAAGUCACCAGGAAUAAAGAGAAGCUGCAGAGGAACCUACUGGAGCUGACCGAGUACACACACAUGCUGCGCACCACCCGCAACUUUGUUCAGAGAACGUCGGAGCGUGAGCCCCUACAAGUACAGUAUGAGGAGUUUCCUUUCCUAGAAAAAGACACAAUGAUGGACUACAGCAGCAUGCAGAGGCUAGGAGCCAAACUGGGUUUCGUCUCUGGGCUUAUUCAGAGGACGAAGAUCGAGGCCUUUGAGCGGAUGCUUUGGAGAGUUUGCAAAGGCUACACCAUCCUCAGCCAUGCUGAGGUCGAGGAGUAUUUGGAAGAUCCUGACACUGGUGAGCCUACCAAAAGUGUGGUGUUCCUGAUCUCCUACUGGGGAGACCAAAUUGGUCAGAAAGUGAAGAAGAUCUGUGACUGCUACCACUGCCACUUGUAUCCCUAUCCCAGUAGCAAUGAGGAGAGGAAUGAUGUCGUGGAAGGACUAAGAACUCGCAUUCAGGACCUGCACACUGUACUUCAUAGGACAGAUGACUACCUGAAACAGGUCUUGAUAAAGGCCUCGGAAUCCGUCUACACCUGGGUCAUCCAGGUCAAGAAGAUGAAGGCCAUCUACUUUAUUCUGAACCUGUGUAGCUUUGAUGUUACUAACAAGUGUCUGAUUGCUGAGGUGUGGUGUCCUGUCAAUGAUAUUCCCACGCUGCGGAGGGCCCUAGAAGAAGGAUCGAGAAAAAGCGGCGCAACAGUCCCUUCCUUUGUCAAUCGUAUCCCCACCAACGACACUCCCCCCACCCUGAUAAGGACCAACAAAUUUACCUCUGGCUUCCAGAACAUUGUGGAUGCCUAUGGAGUUGGCAAUUACAGAGAGGUUAACCCUGCUCCUUUUACAAUCAUUACUUUCCCGUUCCUGUUUGCUGUGAUGUUUGGGGAUCUGGGUCAUGGAGCUAUCAUGGCUCUGUUUGCUCUCUGGAUGGUGCUGUAUGAGAACAACCGCAAACUUAAAAACACCAGGAAUGAGAUCUGGAACACAUUCUUUGAGGGGCGUUAUAUCAUCCUCAUGAUGGGCCUGUUCUCCAUCUACACUGGCCUGAUAUAUAACGACUGUUUCUCGAAGUCCCUUAACAUCUUUGGUUCAGGAUGGAGUGUGAAGGCCAUGUUUCAUGCCGAAGUGUGGAAUGAUGCUGAUAUCCGUGGGAAUCGGUUUCUCACGCUGGAUCCAAAUGUAACGGGAGUUUUCAAAGGACCAUAUCCUCUGGGAAUUGACCCGAUUUGGAACUUGGCAACCAACCGCCUUACAUUUCUGAACUCCUAUAAGAUGAAGAUGUCCGUGAUAUUGGGCGUCAUACACAUGAGCUUUGGAGUCAUCCUGAGCACUUAUAAUCACUUGCACUUUAGGAAGAAGCACAGCCUAUACCUGGUAUUUCUCCCUGAGCUCCUGUUCCUGCUGUGUCUGUUUGGCUACCUGGUGUUCAUGGUAGUCUACAAGUGGCUGGUCUUCACUGCUAAGGACUCCAGACAGGCUCCAAGCAUCCUCAUCCACUUCAUGUACAUGUUCCUCAUGCAGGGUGAUAUAGUUCAGCCCCUCUACCCGGGACAGACUGGCCUGCAGAUAUUUUUGGUGGUCAUUGCUGUUCUUUCUGUGCCUGUCUUACUCCUGGGGAAACCUGUCUACCUUUAUUGGUUACACAAUGGAAGCCACCGCCUAGGAAUGUACAGGGGUUAUGAGCGUGUGCGGCGUAACAGUGAAGAGGAGCUCUACCUGAUGAGGGCUCAUGAUAUGGAGGAGGGCAGCAGUCACAGUGAUCUCUCCACUAGCGGGGAGCGCCAGACAGAGGAGUUUGACUUUGCAGAUGAGUUCCUUCAUCAGGCCAUCCACACUAUAGAGUAUUGCCUGGGUUGCGUCUCCAACACAGCCUCCUACCUACGGCUCUGGGCUCUGAGCCUGGCACAUGCCCAGCUAUCAGAGGUGCUCUGGACCAUGGUGAUGCGAAUAGGACUACAUAUGGACACCAGUCUCGGGGUUUUUUUCCUGGUGCCUGUGUUUGGCCUGUUUGCCGUUCUCACUGUGUCCAUCCUCCUGGUAAUGGAGGGACUGUCCGCAUUCCUUCAUGCCCUGCGGCUGCACUGGGUGGAGUUUCAGAAUAAAUUCUACAAUGGGACUGGAGUCAAGUUUUGCCCCUUUUCCUUCUCUCAGCUGCCCUCCAGCUUUGAGCAUGAUGGCUUACUGUGAAGGGACUAUCUGGUAAUACUGUUAGGUGGUAAAUUGAGCCAAAAAAGCCACCAGGUUCCCAUGCGUAUACAGACAUAGUCCAGAGAAGUCCUCAGGGGAUUUAGAUUUUUCUUUUUAUCUUUUAAAAAUGUCAUGUAAUUAAAUUCUUUGUUUAGCUUCACACACUUUGGGCUGAAACAUACUGCCCUCACAACAGUUUCAAGAACACAGGCAGUAACAAGUUUACUGUUGAGGUUUUUUUCUUGCAAAUUUAUGUAACAGGGUGUUCUGUACCAAGAUCAGUUUGCUUUACUGCACUUGUAUGAAAAAACAAAUGCGCCAAAAUUGAAAUAAAUAGUUAAAAGAGAUACAAUUUUAGUAUGAGAUAACUUCAGAACACUACAGUAAUAAUCAAAUAAAUGGCCCCAAGGUUAGGUGACACAGCCAACACUUAAUUAGGAUAAAUGAAUUGCUGGUUUUGGUCUUUUCAUGGGAUUUGCUCAUUAAAUAACAUUACAUUAUUACAUUAUCCUUAUUUAUUCAUGUCUGUUUUCCCCCAUUUCUUCUCAUCUAGUUAUUUUUGUCAUUAAGUUUGGCAUAGUUGUGUACAUUAAUACAGUUUUUUUUUGUUGCUUUUAUCACUUUGUUUCUGUUUUGGCAGAUCUGGUUUCCAUACACUGGGUAGUGAGCCACCUUUCAGUUACAUAGUUCUUGAUCAACUUUUUGUUGCACUGACUGCCUUAUGAAAAUACAACCAAAUGACAGCGUACUGUAUCAUUCUUCAGUACCUUCUGUUCUUUGUGGUACCAUAAUUACUGCAAAGGAUCCUUUGACUUGUCAGUAUUGAAGUGCCCGAGCAGGUGUGUGAUGACUAAUGUAUAUACUUUUACAGAAUUCUUUUUUAAUUUAUUAUAUUUUAAAAAUGUGUAAGAAUUAAAGAUGACUGUUAAUGGGAUAUGAUUUUUACUUUAUGCAUUGUGUUGCCUAUGCGUCUCACACUUACUAUACAAUUUAACAUUCCACACAUUUGUCGUAUCCGCUCUGCUAGUCAAGAGCCCUUUCUUUGAAAGAUCCUUCCAUAUUGAACACCGGGGCCAGGCAGUAUUCAACUUUAUUAGGAGAACAUUGAAUGAUGUUCUAAUAUCAGGAAUUAGCAGUAUUUGCUAAUUAGGAAGUUGUUUGUAUUGAAUGGAAUUAGUAUUGGGAUUUUUGCAAAGGGAAGGAGACUAACUUGACUUGAGAUGUUGUCAUUGUUGCAAUAUUGAGAUUAUUAACUGGCACCACAAUUUGCCAAGGGUUAGAUCAUAGAAAUAAAAUGUUAUUUCUAUG